UUGAAAACAAAACAGAUUCCCCUAUCCUAUCGCCUUUAACCUACCACAUUUAACGACUUUACGCAAAAUGUAAAAAAAUUUCAAGUAAAUCCAUCUCUAUACUCACUUGCAACAAUCAAAAGAAACAAGGAACAUAUAACGACACAUAGAGAAUAAAAGAGCAAGAGAAAAUAAAAAAAUAGGAUAACAGUUUGCAUGUUGGAUCAAAUAUAGAAGUUGUAAUUGUACGUCAGAAAAAAGAAAGAUGGAAAAAAACGACGAUUCGCCCGAAGACGUUAAACGAGCCACUUCGAUCGAGCGUGAAAUAAAGAGGGGACAAAAGGAUGAUACGUUCGAAGGUUAUCCACGAAUAGUGGAAAAGAAGAAAAGAUGGGAACACUGUGAUAAACCACCUUUAAAGAAAACAAAGCAUACAGAGAGGUCGAACGACGAUUGCUGUGGAAAACAGAGAGGCAGGAAGAAAAAGACGGCGAAAUUUACAAUGGUUUCGGUAUUUGAAGAGCCUUGUACAUUUGCAAAAUCGGACAUCAUACCUAGACAUUGUUUAACAAAACAAGAUUAUAUCGAUAUGUUAGCGACUGCAAGUCGCAAAUGCCCGCCAGAUAAGAAGAGAGUGCUUAGGAAACUAAGACCAGUGUCACCGCGAAUCAAGGAAUUGGCACAACCGACGAGACAACGAAUGCUAAUAACUUUACAACAAGGCGCGUCGAUAUUACCGCCGGCUCUCGUGGAUAAUCUCGUCCGAACCGUAGAGAACGAAACUUGUUUAACUCCUGAACAAGCUGCAAAAAUCUCGCGUAAAAAGAAGUCUGACGGAAAGAAGAGGAAAGGAGGAAUGGAGAAAUGGCAAUAUAAAGAGGCAAACAAAUUAAAGAAAUCAAGCGUUGGUAUGGCAACCGCAGGAUUUUUCGACAAAGAUUCAAUUUCUUGUCAAUAUCUUAUGGCCGAACGUUUUGUCCGAAGUAUCUUAAAAUCGAAAUGCUCGUAUCCGAAGUCGGAGUUGAACGAUGUCGCGGAAGUGAUAAUCAGACGUCUGACAGAUGUUCUCGAAUAUAGUCCUCCGCAAGACGAAGAUCGUAAAUCGCAACAAGUGCGUUAUUUAGCCGAUGUAAUAGCCUGUUGGAUAACCGGAGUGCUGUCCGAGGUCGCGCAAUACCAAGAGGACAAACUCGUAGAACGAUGUCGAAGGAAAGAAGAGGAAAUGAGAAUAGACGAGGAGGAGGAGGAAGAGGAGGAGGAGGAGGAGGAGGAGGAAGAGGAGAAGGAGGAGGACGACGACGACGACGACGAGGAGGAGGACGAGGAGAAAGAUAAGGACGAGGACCUAAGGAAAUACGAAGAAGACGACGAAGACCGCGAAUCAGAUUUGGAUUGGGAAGAGGAUGCAAAAACGAUGGACGAGGAAACGGAAACAAAAGAAAUGGAGCCUCGAACGGAAGAUUCGGAAGUAGCGGAAAUAGAAUUGCCAGUGGAUAUGGAAACGGAAACUCAAGUGGAACCAGCGGCACAAGUGGAAACUGAGAUACAAACGGAACCGAAGGCUCAAGUUGAAGCGGAGAUAGAAGCGGAUAUGGAAACGGAAAUGGCAAAAGAAUUAGAAGCAGAAUCAGGAUUGGAAGAAAUACCAGAAAUCAAAUCGGAGGCAGAACCAGAACUACAACAAGAAUCGGUAAUAGAAACGGAAGCAGAACUGGUACCAAAAACAGAGCCAGAACCGAAGUUGGUACCGAAAACAGAACCAGAAUCAGAACCAGAGUCAGAAUCAGAAGCAAAAGCAGAAGCAGAAGCAGAAGCAGAAGCAGAAGCAGAAAUAAAACGAGAGCCAGAAUCAGAAUCGGAAGCAGUAGCAGAGUCAGUAGCAGGACUAGAACCGGAAGCAAAAUUAGAAGCAAAAUCGGAAGCAGAGCCAGAAGCAGAAUUAAAAGUAGAAUCAGUAUCGGAAGCAGAAAAAGUGGCGGUAAUAGAGCCAAAAUCGGAAUUAGAAACAGAGAUAGAAGUAGAAGCAAAAGCGGAAGAAGCUCGAGUCGAAGACAAGAAGGUAGAAGAACCGUUGGAAGAAGCGAGAGUGGAAGUAUCGUCGCCGGUUGAGAUGGAAUUACCCAAACAUAUAGACGUUAUCGAGGGUUUGGAAGAAUUGUUUAAAACCGAUCUCCCUUUCCUUACGUUCGACAAGAUUAUCGAUACUAUCUACAAGAUGAUCGAAAGCAUGCCAGAAAAUACGGGCGAUGAUCCGAUAACAAAUGGCAUACAUCGUGCAAUUUACGAAAAGUUGAGUAGUAUAGUAAGGUUGGAAAACCCGGAUCUAUUGACGGAAGAAUUGAAGACCAUUAUGAACAUAGUAUGCGGAAAGAUGGCAAAUUGGUUAAGAUCGAUACUAAGUAAAUCGCAGAUGGCGUUCAUGGAACGAUACAUGCCGGAAGUAGAGUCUAAAGAAAUUAGAAAUUGGACUCGAUGGCUCGAGUAUAUCAGUGACGUGGCCAAAGAUUGGAAUAUAUGGUUACGGACCGUAAUCGAGAAGUUGUUGGAAAUGGAAAGUGAGAAGAUCACUCGCGGAGAAUGGCAGGAUUGGACAAAAUCUUUCGAUACCAAGGCUCUGCUUUGGAGACGAUUUCACCUACAAACUAUGCACCAAGCGGAUCGUAACGUUACGAUGUUGAUUGGUCGACGCGUCGUUAAAACAGGAACAAAGGGCAUGAUUCCCGAUACAUCCGAGCGAUUAAUCAACGCCACUGACUUACACGUUUGAAAAACAUCACCCGUACACGCGUAUCCUUCUUCUCCAAUUUAUUUGCUUUACCGCUUAUUUACUACACAUUUUAUUUCAUUUACUAUCAUUUUGUAACUAACUAACUAAUAUAGCUAACUAGUAUAACCAAGUACACUCGGUUAGAUGCGUAUAAAAGCGCAGAAAAUACGUAAACGUAGACUUUAAGAUACUCGCUCGAUCGAAACUCGCUCGUUCGAAGCUUGCGAACGUUUAACCUACUCGAAAUCGAAAUAACGAGAAGCGGAAAGACGAAAAACGAAAAACGAAGACAAGAAAAUAUAGAAACUCGUGCAACUUGUAAACGACAAAAUAAAAAGAUAGACAAAUUACGAUCGGAUUAUUCGUAUUAGGUAUUUAGGCGAACAUCGUUGUCUGAUGUAUUAUCGGAUAUAUUGUUUGAUGCGUUCAAAUAAUACGCAAUACGAGUAGGCAAGGAGAAACGCAGAGGCAAAUUAUCCACGUUGGCAUUCCACUUUUUCGAUCGGCAGUAUUUGCUACACAAGAACGUGGCAAAGCA